AUGGCAGAACUGGCAUUGCGAGGAACACUAUUAUUGCUUCAAAACCGCACUCGGCGCGACCCGGAGUCGUAUCGCGAAGAAUUUCUUGCCCAACUAGAACAUUUUUUGGCAUCCAGCGCAACGGUAACCUCCCAGAACGUGGUUAACCCCCAAUACAUAGCAGUGCUUAAUUAUUUAACUCAUGUCAGUCACUGCUUCCCAAAGGAGUCUAACUCGGUAGCCAUGGCUGUACUCAAACUACUACGUCACUCUCGAAACGGCGGUGUCCCACUUGAGUUACGUGAAGCUCUCGUCAAGGCCUUGAUUUUGCUACGCUCCAAGGGCCUAGUAAGCACCGAUGAAACGUUUCCCAUGUUCUUUACAUUGCUACAAGAGCGCAAUAAGUCCAUCCGAAAGUUAAUUCUAUCGCAUAUUGUAAGUGAUGUUCGGCGAGCUAGUCUUCCUGGAACCAAGGGAGGUGCCUUAACACAUAAAAAGGCUCAGAAUUUUCUGUUUUCCGUUAUGGAGGAAGACGACCCAAUUCAGGCCAGGUGCGCGGAACUUGUCAUGAUAGACCUGUACCGCCGGCGGGUAUGGUGCGAUGAGCGAACGGUGGAGGUGAUGACGAAGGCAUGCUUUUCGCGGCACACUCCCAUUCUGCGCACCGCGCUGCGCUUUUUCCUGAUGCAGAUGCCCAAAGGGUUGUCUGCCGACGAUGACAACGACAAUGACGCUGAGGUGCAGGACCCCGGCCGUUCAAUUUCAAAGCUAAAGCAGAAGUUAAAAAUUGUCAAAAAGACCGCAAAACGCGACCGUGUUUUGAAGCGAACGAUGAAAAACAUCAAAAGAAAGUACGAUAAGGACGAACGUGACGAGGAGUUGCAGGCGAAGCAACAUGUUGACCCGAUCCGGUUGCUGCGAGAUCCUCAGCAGUUCGUGGAGCGACUCCUGGCCAGACUUCAAAAAACGUCGGAGCGCUUUGAAGUGCGCAUUUUGUACCUAAACGUCAUUGCUCGCACAGUCUCCGAGUACGAGGUCAUUCAUUUGCCAUUGUAUGGAUUUCUGGAGCGCUACAUGGAACCCUCACAACUCCAUGCCACGCAACUUCUCGCCCUGUCGACGAUGUGUGUCCAUCGCAUGAUCCCACCGGAUGUGGUCGAGCCAUUAGUGAAGACGAUUGCCAACCAUUUUGUUACUGAUCGAUCGUCGGCAGAUGCUAUUACUGUUGGUCUCAAUACUAUUCGCGAGAUCUGUAAACGGCAGCCCCUUGCUAUGAGCGAAGAUUUACUAAGGGACUUAGUUGAGUACAAGAAUCAACGGGGAGAUAGGGGCGUCAUGAUGGCCGCACGGGCGGUCAUUCAGCUAUACCGCGACGUGUACCCCAGUCUUUUGCCAGCUAAACUGCGCGGUAGCAAGGCGGGCGCACCUGAGGAUAAGGAGCGACCCAUCUACGGCUCACAGCACGUUUACAGCGACAUCCCAGGACUCGAGCUGCUAUACCGAAACACCGCUGCUUCCGGGGAUGGGAGCUCCCGAAGCGACAGCUGCAACUCAAGUGAGGAAAACAGCGACACCGGGAGCGAGAGUGGGGAAUGGGAGACCGACACCGACAGCGACGUGGACCCUGAGGAGAUUGAGGGAGACUUCGUUGACGUCACCGAGAGCUCAGACGAUGGCGGAGACGAUUGCCCUCAACUGAUCCCCGUUGGUCUUAGCCCCACUAUGGGGCUAAAGGCCCGCCACGCCGCGCCGUGCGACGACGACGAUCCUUCACGGAAGAAGCCCCGUCUUGUCUCGUCUGUAGACUCCCAUGAUGAGAGCGACAGCGAGGACUCCAGUCUAGACCUCAGUGACGGCGAGUGUGACGAGGAGGAGGAGGAGGAGGACGUUUUCGAGGAAGAAAGUGGAACUGAAAGUGGUGGUGGAGAUUCAAGCGAGGAGGAUAAGGACGACGAAGAAACGGAACGCCCCACACUAUCAGCUGCAUUGGUAGCUGCAUCUGCCGAGGACUGGUACGAGGAUGUUAAUGAUGGCGACGAGAUGCCUCAUCGGCCUCAAUCCUUGCGCAGCACGUCUACUACCGCUACAGCUGCCUCCAUCUCGACAAAUCGUAUUCUAACCGAUGCAGACUUUGAAAAGAUUCGCAAGCUUCAAACGCAGAACGGUAGCCACCAAUCUUUGCAUGGGAAGCUUAAAGACAGAGAUGCACGCACUAAGCGGCGACAUGAUCUCAUCCAUGGAAUUUCAUCUGACCUUUCAGCUUUAGAUAUAGAGCACUUUACCGAAAAGAAGCGAGAAAUCGACAAGCAGGAAAAGAUGGAGCGCACCCAAGAGCUUCGCAAAGCAAGCUCAAAGUUUGAGAUUCGGAAGAAAACAAAGAGCAAGCUCAAUUCCACUCACGGUGAGCAUGCCAAGCGAGGAAAGUUGUUCCAAAUGACAAAGCGCUCGCGGCGUGUGGCAACAAAACUCAAGAGUUCUAUAGCAGAUCGCGCACAACGCGCGAAAGACAUGAAGAAAAAGGAUGUCAAGUUCCGUAUCAAACGAGGGUGGAAGGCAUGA